CACCCGCACCACCACCACCACCAUCACCACCAGCGUCUGUCGGGCAACGUGAGCGGCAGCUUCACCCUCAUGCGCGACGAGCGCGGGCUCCCGGCCAUGAACAACCUUUACAGCCCCUACAAGGAGAUGCCCGGCAUGAGCCAGAGCCUGUCCCCACUGGCUGCUACGCCGCUGGGCAACGGGCUAGGCGGCCUCCACAAUGCGCAGCAGAGUCUGCCUAACUACGGUCCACCGGGCCACGACAAAAUGCUCAGCCCCAACUUUGACGCGCACCACACUGCCAUGCUGACCCGCGGUGAGCAGCACCUGUCCCGAGGCCUCGGCACCCCGCCCGCAGCCAUGAUGUCCCACCUCAAUGGCCUGCACCACCCGAGCCACACUCAGUCCCACGGGCCAGUGCUGGCUCCCAGCCGCGAGCGGCCCCCGUCGUCCUCGUCGGGUUCGCAGGUAGCCACGUCGGGCCAGUUGGAGGAGAUCAACACCAAAGAGGUUGCCCAACGCAUCACCGCAGAGCUCAAGCGCUACAGCAUCCCACAGGCGAUCUUCGCUCAGAGGGUGCUAUGCCGGUCUCAGGGGACUCUCUCCGACCUGCUCCGGAAUCCAAAACCGUGGAGUAAACUCAAAUCUGGCAGGGAGACCUUCCGCAGGAUGUGGAAGUGGCUGCAGGAGCCCGAGUUCCAGCGCAUGUCUGCCUUACGCCUGGCAGCAUGCAAACGUAAAGAGCAAGAACCAAACAAAGACAGGAACAAUUCCCAGAAGAAAUCCCGGCUGGUGUUCACCGACCUCCAACGCCGAACACUCUUCGCCAUCUUCAAGGAGAACAAGCGGCCAUCGAAGGAGAUGCAGAUCACCAUUUCGCAGCAGCUGGGCCUAGAGCUCACCACCGUUAGCAACUUCUUCAUGAAUGCUCGGCGCCGCAGCCUGGAGAAGUGGCAAGAUGACCUGAGCACCGGGGGCUCCUCGGCCACCUCCAGCACUUGUACCAAAGCAUGAUGGAAGGACUCUCACCUGGGCACAAGUCACCUCCAAAAGUGGACAACAGAUACCAAAUGAAAACGCUAAGGAAAAAAGACACCAGAUUCUUAGCUGGGGCCCUUCACUGGUGAUUUGAAAGCACAAUUCUCUUGAAAAUAAACUUUUAUUCUAGCUGUAAUCAUAGGCCAGGUGUUCUUUUUGUUGUUGUUUUUAAUGGCUACAGAAUCCAAGUGCAAGCUGAAAAGUAAUCUCUAAACCAGAUACUAUCUUCUGAGCAUGCUAAGCAACCCAGAAACCCAAAUGGGGCCUUCCUGGAGCCAGUUAGUUCUAUUGUGAUGCCAACCAAGCUCAGGAUUGCUGAAAAUGUCAACAGAACCACUUCGGGUCCUGUCAGCCUCUUGCAGAGUUCCCACAGGUAACAGUGAGAAUAUGGCCCAUUUAAGGACUCCAAGUUUAGGCUUCCAAGACACUACAAUAAGGAAGAAUCUAGCAACAAGAAUGACCUCAUUUGCUUUCCAAGUUCUUAGCCUCAUUAUAUCACAGUACACCAAAGUUCACAGCCAUACCAUUUAAAAUUUCAGAAUAGUAAUUACUGAGCACAAGUUUUAAAUAUGGAAGUUUAAAAAAAUAAAAAUCCAAGGACCUAUUUUUCCAACUCAGGCAUCUCUUCUCAUUGAAUGAGUUAGAAAGCUUUAAGUUGAUCCAGUUUACAGUCUUUUCUUUACCUCCUGGAAAUCUCAUGUGGUCUUGGAUCCGUCAAAAAACAAAACGAAGCAGUUCACUUGAACUCAGAGUAUCAAGCACAACAAAGAUAAACAGAAGUAAGGAAGGUUCUGGAUUCAUUGCCCCUGGAUUUUCAAGAUACCUGUUAAUGAAGUCAUUAGGGAAUCGAGAGUAUGGCUUCAAGCACAUUUUGCAGUUUGCUACAAAUUUUGUUUGUACGUAACACAGAUGCACACUCAGGAGGCCAAUUUAACUGUUACAGUACACAGAGCAAAUGUGGCAUUUUAAAAGGUCUAGAGUUUUUUUAAAGAUCAUUAAUGUGUCCUUCUUGGGUAGUCAUCUGGUUCCUCCUGUUGUGCAUUAUGACUACCACCUAAUUCAUUCUCAUUCUUUCUGAUUUGUGUUGUUCCCUCAUCCAUCCCAUUAGUAGGGAUAUUUCUAGUGUUUUCUAGAAACAAUAAAUCAAACCACUAUACAUGUUGCUCAUGACUGUCAUCUAGUCCUAACUCUCUUUCAUUGUUGACUCCUCCUUGCAAAACAACUGAAUAAAUCUGGAGAAAACACAGCACACCAAAGAAGCAGGAUACUGCAAACCAAAGACAUUUAUGACUUGCCAUUUUCUAGCCUAAAAAUACUGUGAUUACUUUUAGAAAUCAGAAAACCUGUGCAACCCCAAAUGGCAUUCAGCUCUUGCAUUUGGCGCACCAUCAGGCUGAGCGGACCAGCUAUGCCAAGGACGUUAGCCAAGCCACGAGGCAGUGGCUUUACCACGCAAGCUCUGGUUCCUGGCCAUCACCUUCCCACAGAAAGUAGAAGAGCGCCCACAGGACUCUGGGAGAUUGCAAAGGUCACAUGUGCAUAUUUACCAGUGAAUGGCCCCAGGUGGGCACCAUGGGGGUGUUCAAAGCAAGCCAAACGCUGCAAUGAUUCUUUACAGACACUUAAGACUGACUUUUUUAUGAAUUACUUAAUCGAAACCAAAGAAACUUUUUCUGCACCUACUUCUGCAACAAACAGAACUGUCCCAUUAAAUGAAUAAACAAAUCCGUAAAUCAAUGGAAAUCACCAUCAACAAGAAGGAAGCACGCCAGAAAAAAAAGAAAACCCACAAAAACCAAAAAACAGCGAGACACACUGUGUUCAAACAGACCUCUUGGGACAUUUUUUGGAAGCAGAUUUGAAAGAAAGGGUUGAGACAAGAAUUGAUGUAAGGAAGAGCCUGAAUGGCUGCUGCUUCAUUUGACAACUCACAUGGUAAUCUUAAAGUUGAAGAUUGUCUUUAAUUUGUGCCUAUGCAGUUUUUCAAAAGAACACGGAACAGAGCAACAGAAACCUCAACAGCUACAAUACCAAAGAUGAGGAUUUCUCACACCUUUUGUUUCAGUUCAUUAUCUUCUUUUGCCUGGCUAAAAUACUAAUAGCGCCAUUGAUCUGUACAAAGGUAAUCAAUUUUGUUUCUCUGAGCAGCAAAAGGAAAGGGCCAUUUAUUUUAUUUUAUUGUUUCCUUUUAGUUUGGUUUGAUGGCUUUUUACCCCAACAUGGAAUCUCUCAAAAGCUUCCAUGGACUCCAAGUUUAAGAUGUAGGGAUACUGAACGAUUCUCCUCUCUCUGCACAACAGAGCGUGGGGAACAAUAUUGUCACUUGAAUGUUCUUAACUCUUAGACUUGGUUCUUUCUAUGUUCAGAGUCUCAUCAUCAGGGGAGGGAAAGGGAGCAAGGAUCAGGGGUAGGGGUCUUGGUGACACAUCCUCUCCUGAGCCACAGAACCAAAGAAUUUAUAGAGGAUUUACAGCCUGAUCUUCAUGUAAUUGCUACAUCUUAACAGGGCUUCAUUUGGGGUGGGGGAAACAUGUAAAAAUAAUUGCCAGUUUCUACUUUUCUAUUAGCUUUUUAAAAAUCAGCUGUAAAGUUGCAUUUCUAAAGAAAGAUAUAUAUAAUAUAUGAAUACAUAUAUAGAUCAACUAGACAUUGGUGAUAACCCAAAAUUUUUGCUGUCCAAAUUCAUGUCUUGUUUUUGUCACAUGCUUCAAGCACUGGAUAUUCAGUUCAGAAUUUUGCUCAUUUCUCAUGCAAUCCCAGGGUUAAUUUGCCACUGUGGAUGACUUAGUUUAUUUCAAUUUUUAUGAAAAUUUCUGGGCAAGGUCAAAAGUGAAGUUCAAGCAUUUCAACAUUUAAACUGUUGAUAAGUGGAUUUGUGGUAUAAAUGAAUUUUAUUUGCAUUUAGAGUUAUCUCUAUUCUAUGAUUAAGAUUCCAUGAUUAAGAUAGUGAUUAGAGUACAUCCACCAUACAGAGCUGGGCCGCUGACAUUGGAGGCUUAGCUUCUGUAACUGUUAGGAAGGCUCAGUGGUGCAUUCCCACCAGCUAUGGGACAUGAGGCCAACCCAGAAAUCCAUUCAUUCUCCAGGAGAUGCUGUCUGCAUCAGGACGUUCCAGAUCCCUUAAUGAGCAGAAUCACUAGAGACUUCUUACGGUGACAUCCAUUUCCUGUUGCAGUGGGCUGAUCAGGCUUCCUCGGGGUGGUAAUCAGUUUGCAUUGACAAGCCUGUGUGCAACCACACCUAGCACUGGGGUGGGAUAAUGGUGUUAGGGGGAGCUUUCACUCCUGGAGAGAAAAUGUAGAGCAGGUUUUGGAAAGAGUUCCAGAGUUCUGCCCCUGCACCGCCCCAUCACCCACUGUGCCACCUCCUCAUCCCUUCCAUGCAGGUUGCCCUUUGUACGAGAGCAGCCAUGAUGCUGUGGGAGAACAUGGCUUUCC